UUCACUCCCACAAAAUGAAGCUUUCUGCAGAGUCAUUAUCAACUUCAACUUCUUACUACCUGAAAAAUGGAAGCAUACACGAGGUUCAGCAUCAGCUAUAUUACCCCAUCUUUAUCAGGUUUUUCAUUUUCAACUGUAUAUGGGAUAGUCAAGGAUAUGGACUCCAAUGAGGCAUGGGAUGCAGAAAAUGGAAUCAUCAGUGACUCAAGCAACGAGCCUAAAAUUAUCAGGACGGCACAUAGUUUGUCAUCUUCAUUGCUUAGGAAAAAGUCUGAUGUGGCCCUGGGGUUGAACAUCAAGUCGUUGUUGGUUAGGAGAAUUCUGAAAAAUCUUCAAGAUGUUAUCCUUGGAACCAAGAUUUGUGCUCUCUUUGUGGCCAUCCCCUUCGCUAUAGUGGCCAAAUAUCACAAUUUUGGAAGACCCUGGGUCUUUGCUUUGAGUUUAAUCGGACUUGCCCCUUUAGCGGAACGAGUUAGCUUUCUUACUGAGCAAAUUGCAGAUUAUACUGGCUCAACAGUUGGGGGGCUGCUAAAUGCAACUUGCGGCAAUGCAACAGAACUCAUAAUAGCUAUAUUCGCACUCCACCAAGGGAAGAUAGCUGUGCUGAAGUACUCUCUUCUGGGAUCAAUUCUUUCAAACCUUCUUCUAGUUCUUGGUUCUUCUCUAUUUUGUGGUGGCUUGGCCAACAUGAGCCAGGAGCAAAAAUUUGACAGAAAUCAAGCCGAUGUAAAUAUACUUCUCCUCUUUCUUGGAGCUCUUUGUCAUGCAUUGCCUUUGUUUACUCAACAUUCUGAGGAUGCUGCAGGGACGGCAUUCUCUGCUAGCUCCAUACUCCUGCUGUCAAGAGUGAACAGCAUUGUCCUGCUCGUGGCUUAUAUUGCAUAUCUGUUCUUUCAGCUGAAGACUCACCGACAGUUGUUUGAUUCUGAAGAGGAACCUGAUGAUAAUUGUGAGGAUGAGAGAGCAAUAAUUGGUUUUUGGAGUGCAUUUAGCUGGUUGGUAGGCAUGACAGUAGUGAUAGCUUUGCUCUCUGAAUAUAUUGUUGGCACAAUUGAGGCUGCUUCGAUCUCCUGGGGCAUUCCCAUUAGCUUCCUCAGCAUAAUAAUGCUUCCUAUAGUUGGGAAUGCAGCAGAACAUGCAGGUGCAAUCAUAUUUGCUUACAAGAACAAGCUGGAUAUAUCUCUGGCAGUUGCCCUGGGCUCUGCCACCCAAAUUUCAAUAUUUGUGGUCCCCUUAUGUGUGAUUGUCGCAUGGAUCAUGCAUAUCAAGAUGGAUCUCUCCCUUAGCGUCCUGGAAACCGGUUCUUUUGUUGUUUCAGUACUCGUUAUAGCCUUCACUUUGCAGGAUGGAUCAUCACAUUACAUGAAAGGGGGUGUUCUCCUCUUUUUUUACACGGUUAUUGCUACAAGCCUUUUGGUCCUUCCAUAUAAAACUGAUAACGAUGAUCAAGCGAAUUUCAUUGGAUCAGGACUUAUAUCGUCAGUUGGAUUUGCUGGUGCCUGAUAAUUUGAGAUGUCAACUCUGGUGUCUCAAAUAAAAGAUUGUCCAUUGUAAAUUUUUUAAUUCUUGGAAAACAGAUAUCGAAUCUGAAAAUUUUCUACUGUAGAUUUUAAUGUAUGCCAACUACAUUGGAGUUGCAACUUGUAAUCUAUCUGAUGAUAUAAAUGUGAUUCUGUGGGUAUAGCUUGAAGAUUUUAGACGGUAUCAAAUAAGUAAUGAUUCUGUUGGUAUUAAACUAUACUCUAGUGGCUAUUGUCCCAAAAUAAAAAAAUCUCUAGUAGUACUAUUUGGAAAUAUGCAAAGGACUUGUUUGGUAAUUAGUUGUUAGCCAACUUUGGGACGAUUUAAAUAUGAAGGGAGUGUACGGCAAAAUAUAGCUGUGAAAGUAUCUGUUAGAUGUGAAGCUAGAUGUUAGCUGUCAGCCUGUCAACUAGCUGUAGGCUGUAGCUGUGAAGAUAAAUAAUUUAGGUAUGCGUGUUCGUUAAAGUAGCAGUUUACUAGUUGUUACAUAUGUAAUUCAAUAUUUUAUAUUUAAAACUAUAGAUUAAAUUUCC